AUGUACACACGUUACGCUUUGCGCUCCGCAAAACAGCGAAGUUUUGAAUCCGAACGAUUCCCUGGUACGAUUCAUUCACGGGGGCAAAGAGGACGAAUAAUUAUAAUAGCGGACGAAAUUGCCAUUUGUGUGUUUCAGGUGUUUUACUAUUCGACAAAUUUGUUCACUAGUUCUGGUUUGACAGAGGAGAGUGCCAAGUUCGCAACCAUUGGCAUAGGUGCCAUUAUGGUUCUAAUGACGUUAGGAUCCAUCCCGCUUAUGGACAGAACAGGAAGACGUACACUGCACUUAUACGGUCUUGGUGGCAUGUUUAUCUUUUCAAUAUUCAUCACAAUUUCUUUUCUCAUAAAGGAAAUGAUUGACUGGAUGUCUUAUCUGUCGGUCGUGUCGACGCUCAGUUUCGUGGUGUUCUUUGCUGUCGGGCCUGGCUCCAUACCGUGGAUGAUCACGGCCGAACUGUUCUCGCAAGGUCCCAGACCUGCCGCCAUGUCCAUCGCGGUCCUUGUCAAUUGGAUGGCUAAUUUUUUGGUUGGCAUCGGUUUUCCAAGUAUGAAGACUAGCCUUGAAAACUACACGUUCCUACCAUUCAGUGCAUUCCUAGCCAUCUUUUGGAUCUUCACGUACAAGAAGGUUCCUGAGACCAAGAAUAAAACAUUCGAAGAAAUUCUAGCUUUAUUCAGGCAUGGUAACGACAGGUACGCAAUAAACAAACCACUUAAUACCAUUCCUAAUACGUAUAGCAAUUGUGUUUGCAGCUGGAUCAGAGCGAUCUUCCGGCGCACCCGCUCAACCGGAGAGACCACCGCCCCCGCUUCCCCCGCCACGCUUUCCGAACAGCGGUGUCUGA